UUCAACUUUGCGUUUCCACCAAGUUCAAAUCAUAUUUGCGUUUAGAUAUAAAUUUUAGCUAUACUUGGCGUAUCUUGAGUGAUUUUGAGGGGGUUAACUGUAUGUAUAUAUAUAUAUAUAUUAUUAGGAUAUGACGUUCGUAUAAGUUGACAGCCCUUGUUCAAUGAGUUUUAUAAAAAAAAAAAUCCCUAGUUCCAUGCUCCCUGAGCCACUGAGCUAUAUUGACUGGAAUACCUGGAAUCCCUGUGGGAUAUUUCCAGUUUAUAUUGGUGAUGUGUGCACAAAAGACACUCGAAUUUCGAGCAUUCCUUAUUUCUAUUUACUGAAGUAGAGAUAAUUUCCAUAAAUAUAUUUGAAAUCAUGGAGGUGAUUGUUGCUGAUAAAACAGCUUCAAAUCAGUUUUCAAUGAAGACUGAAUCAAGUGGAGGAAAAAUUCAAGACGAUGAUUUUUUCGUAAUUUCAUCAAACUGGUCGGUUGUCAAGGGUAAAGCCCUGAACAACACAAUCACUACAGUGCUCCACAAGGAUUUUUCGGGGAGCAUGCCUUUAGACGACAUCGCAAACGAGUUUACCAGCAUAGAGAUUCAACCGAAGGCUGAACAUGAACCCUGUACGAUAGAUAUCAAGCUGAAAAAUGGGCAGAAGAUUGUCAGGAUGGGAAUUUCCUCCGAGGCUGAGGUCUUGGAGAUUUUUAAAGAGAGUGGAGAAUAUGCUACGACUAUUUUCUCAGAGUUUAUUGAUGAAUUUGAGGGGUGCACUGUUUAUUUGGGAGGAGUUGUUUUCGAUAGACCCACGACAGAAGCUAGUAUAAAGUUUACUAGAGUAAAAAAUGAACGUUCAUCAGUAUUUAUAUAUGGAAUUCGUCUCGUCCUCGACGAUUCAAAGCCUUCAAACAAUCCCACGUCAGAACAGUUGGACUACAAUAAUAUAAUCAGUGAUUUUUUGACGUUAUUACACCCUAGACGAAAUAAUAAUCUUACUGGAAAAGUGUCUUCAACAGUUGUCACAAAUUCUCUACCCAUCGUUUUAAAAGACUCUGGGAUGGCCGAAUACUUGAAAAAGUUGGUGGACACGAAUUUAGCAUCUCCAAUUGAUGGUCAAAAUGAUAAUGACUCUGAAGAAAAAGUUUUAGAAAGUGAUAAUAGAUCAACGAAACAGAAAAUUUCUUCUACGAAUAAUAACCACUCCCCAGAUAAACAAUCCCCAUAUUAUCGACAAAUUAUCAAUGGAAAUGCCAAAAAUGACCAAUUGUCUACUCUCGAAUCAAUUAUAGAUAUUAAAAUUGUAGAAAUGGAGACGAGACUGAUGCAGAGGAUCGACCAAAUGGAGCAAAACACCAACAAAACCUUGGAAGAAAUUCUCAACAAACUAGACGCUUUAGAAAAAUUGAAAGUAAUUUGAAUCCAAAAUACCAAAUAUUGUAAUUUAUAAACAAACUUUUAUAAUAAUACAGAAUAAUGCAAAAUACAAGGUAAAAAUGCUACCAUGCGACGCGUUGAAAAA